AUGGACGUGUUUUUGACGCGCCACGGGGCGCGCAUCGACAAAGAAGACAGGAACUGGCUGGCAAGGGCGGGCCACAAACGCUCGGAUGACCCACACCUAUCAGCCGCCGGCAACGUCGGCGCAGCGGAGCUCGCGGCAAAGCUCCAGAGUAUUCACGCUGCGACGCCGAUUUCACACAUCGUCUCCUCGCCAUUCGUGCGAUGCAUCCAAACGGCUGCACCUGUUGCAGAAGCUCUUGGCUUGCCAAUAAAGGUUGAGCCAGGGAUCUGCGAGAUCUUGAAUGUAUUUCCGCCUGGCUUUCUUGACACCUCCGAACUGCGAGAGCAGUUCCCGGCUGUAGACGCCGACUACGUGCCUGUGGUCGCGCGAUCCCAGCUUCGAGCAGAGUAUUCUGACUCCCAAGCCGCGGUGCGCGCGGCGCGAGCGGCAACUGCGCUCCGAGAGCAGCUCACCGGGCGCAUUGUCUUCGUGGGCCAUGGAGCCUCUUGCCUCGGCGUGGCAGAGGCCUUCGGCCAGCACGGCUACGUCGGCUACACGAGCUUGACGCACUUCGUGCGUGAUGGCACUUCGUGGAAGGUGCAGGGGCGCUUCAACGAUGUGGCACACCUCUCC